AUGAAACAAGAUGGCUACACUACAUACACCUGCGUGCGAUUCCAGGUGCCCGGGGCCCACAUCCGCUCCUUCCCCAGGCUCCAUUUCCCAGAUCUUUCCGAGCCAAAGGGGCCCUUAGAGUUGGUCUCAUCCUACCUGCUUUUGUGUGCUGCAGGGGUUUGCAAAGAUACACAAACCGGGGUUUGGUGGAAAGCUGCAAGCCGGAAGCUGGAAGAUCCAGACACUGGUCGUGACCUUGCGAGCCACUCCCCUUCUCUGGGCCUCAGCUUGCUUAUCUCUAAAAUGAGAGAUCAUCAGGAGCUUUCAAACAGUGUUCAACAGACAUCCAAGGAUCCCUUAACUUGCUUCCGGCUGCAAGGGACGCGGAGAGGCCAGAGUAUCCGGUGCCGGGUCUAUGACAUCGUCUUCCCCCUCCAACACACGCUGACCAAGCGGAGCAAAGGAAAAAAAGAGAGAAGGAUGGAAGAAGCAGAGCGUGAAGAGGCAACCAGCCAGUUGCAGGGCAUCCAGCAGCUGCUGCAGGCCAAGAAGCGGGCUGCCGAGAAAGUGUCGGAGGCCCACAAGCGAAAGAACCGGAGGCUGAAGCAGGCCAAAGAAGCAGCUCAGGCUGAAACUGAACAAUAUCUCCUGCAAAGAGAGAAGGAGUUCAAGGCCAAGGAAGCUGCAGCUCUGGGAUCCCAUGGCAGCUGCAGCACCGAAGUGGAGAAGGAGACCCAGGAGAAGAUGACCAUCCUCCAGGCCUACUUCCAGCAGAACAGGGAUGAGGUCCUGGAUAACCUGCUGGCCUUUGUCUGUGACAUCCGGGCAGAAAUCCAUGAAAACUACCGCAUAAAUGGAUAG